AUGUCUUCUUCUUCAGGGCCUGACCAGACACUGGGCGAUGCCGUCCUUCAGUCUGUCCAGUAUGGCCUCUUUCCUCAAGACGAACAUCUUGCCUCUGCCCCCGUGCCAUGCAGUACCCUCCCGACGCUUUCAGAAGUAAUCGCCAAGGCGCGCGACGAGACCAAAACUCAGAUACGCGUCCUCUCCCGCGAAGCUGCCCCCGACGUCGAUGGCUGGAUCACACAGGCGCGCAAGCUCCAGGACGACAUCAAACGAUCGCAGGAAACAGCCAAGGAAAUCGUUCAACAGGCACAGAAUGGCAAACAGCACACUGCGCGCGUUCAAGAUUCGGCAAGCAAAGUCAGCCUGCUGCACGCGGAAAUUGCGUACAAUGAGAGCCUUGCACAGGUCGUCGAACAGCUAAGGGACAUUUCGACUUUGAUCGACUCUGCACAAAACGCCGUCCUGCGGGGCCAUAUCAUGCACGCGCUGCAGACCUUGGAGGACGCCCACAAUGCCUUCAAGAGACUGGGUGCUUUUGAGGCCACUAGGGUCGUAGGCGUGCUCAAGAGCAAGGAAGACCGACUGAGGAAGACCAUAGUCGAGACCGUGACGAAUGCCUGGGGCACUUUAGUUGCAGUGGACGAUGCCACUUCCAGCAUAUCGCUAAAGCAAUCCGUUCAAGAGGGAGCCACAAUGGAUAUUGAAGUUGUUGUCGAUGCCCUCGUACUGUUGGGUCUAUUCGACGGCGCUAUCGCUCGCUUGAGCCGUGACAUAGACAGACUCAUUGUCUCACCUCGUAUUACCGCAGACACUAACUCAGCUGCGCCUGCACUUGUGAUAGAGGAGGCUGUUAUACGAUGUGAAGGCACUAUAAAAGACGGUAGUGUCAAGACUUCGCUGGAAGAUGUUCACAGGAUAGCAGAGUACCUUAACACGCGUCUGCCAUCGCGUGUUGCAGUUCCCCUAUCUGCCAAGCUCGUUCCUGUGAUCGCAUCACGUUUAAUCUCUCAUGUGCUUCUCCCUGCCGUGCCUCUUGCGACGAGCAAAGUUCAAGACUUCCAGGAGACCCUUUCAUACGUGUUGGGCUUGGUAGAGUACCUAGACGAGCUUGGCUGGUCUGGUCAAAAUUGCUUGACGGAUUGGGUGGACAAGUCGGCUGAAUACUGGCUAGCAAGACAGAAAGAGGCGGCAAUUGCCCGCAUGCAGACUCUCUUGCCCAAGAAGAUCCAGGAGAAGAAAUCUGUAGAAAGAGUGGAGACACAGCUUGUCUCUAAAGGAGAUGCUUUACACGUUAGCGACGACCAAGACGAUGAUUGGGGUGCCGACUGGGACGACAACGACGAAUCGACUGCGGAACAGAAAGACCACAAAGAGCAGGAAGAAGAGGAAGACAUGAGCGCAUGGGGAGAAGAUGAUGACAUCGAAAAGGGAAGCUCAGCGAACGAGGUCAAAGCCGCGAAUUCAUUGGGUGAUGAAGAUGUUGAUGAAUGGGGUGCUGAAUGGGGUGAUGAAGAGGAAAAGAGCUCUGACGUGCCACUACAGCCGACGAAUAAACCGAUGGAGCCAACAACAGGGAAUGUGAAGCCUCUGCCCCAAAAGGCUGCUGUAGACCAGGAAGUAACACUACGAGAGACUUACACCGUCACUGCAGUCCCGGACUCCAUUUUAGACAUCAUACAAGAGGUCAUCACAGAUGUGAAAACUUUGAAUGGUCCCGAGCUGGCCCAGUCUGCAAUUACACCGGCUAGCGGAGGGUUGUAUGCCGUGCCCAGUCUUUUGUUGGCAAUGUACAGAGCGACUGCUGUUAUGCAUUAUUCCAAAGAUAUUGCAAGCAAUAUGCUCAUCUACAAUGACUGUCAACGACUGUCAGAUCGACUGCGCAUUCUGCUGCGGGAAUUGCAGGCAAGCGACCAGGCCAGCGCGUUACCUAAUCAUUUGCAACCCUCGGUUCGCCUCGCUCCUCGAAUCGAGGCUGACAUUAGAAACAUCGAUGGUUUCGGUAAGCGCGCUUACGGCCGCGAAAUGGAGUCCCAGAGACAGAUAUUGCGAGAUCAUCUCGAAGACGCACAGGGCUUUCAGGGAUGCACCAAUAUGCCCUUUGCCGCUGUAUGCGACGAUGCCAUUGCUACCACCAUCGAUCGAAUAAGUGAGGUAAAACGUCAGUGGCAAAACAUUUUAUCUCAUAGCGCUCUACUGCAGUCCCUAGGCUCGCUGGUUUCCGCCACUUUGACAAAGUUUAUCAACGAUGUUGAAGAAAUGUCCGACAUCGCGGAAGACGAGUCACGGAAACUACACAGCUGCUGUGUCUCACUCGCUAGUCUGUCUCAACACUUCCAAACUCAAGAUGACAGUGGUGAAACAAGAGAAAUGGUUAGCAUAUAUACGCCGGCUUGGUUCAAGUUCCAGUACUUGAGUGAGAUACUGGAUAGUAGUCUUGCAGACAUCAAAUACUUCUGGACAGACGGCGAGUUGAAGCUUGAGAUGGAAGCUGAGGAGGUAGUGGGCUUGAUAGAGGCACUCUUUGCCCCAAGCGAUCACAGACGGCGGGCCAUCGCUGAAAUUCGACGGACGACGGAGCUCUACGAACGCCGACUGGCUGGCGCCUCUGCGCUAACUUCAUUGGAAAACAUUCGAGGUCCGAAAUUUUGUGGUUCCCUUGUCUUAACUUCGUUGAUAUCAAGAACAAUUGCACAGCGACGAUUUGUAUCUGCGAAAAUGGAUCCCGAGAGAACAGAAACAAAGGUGCAGAUUCGCCUCAGUACUCGUGAUCCAAAUCUGCAAAUCGCAGAGGAGCCUACAACGCUACUUGUCCAAACCUCUUUGACUCGUCAUAAACUUUCCACACUCGUUAAUGAUCUACUACAUCGCGACGACAAUCGCAUACCUUUCGAUAUCUUAAUAAAUGGUCAAUUUCUGCGGACCACUAUCGAUGAGUUUCUGACGAAGAAUGGUAUUAAUGCAGAAUCAACGUUGGAUGUAGAAUACACAAGGGCUCUGGUGCCACCGCUCAAUGUCACAAGCUUCGAGCAUGAUGACUGGGUUUCGGCCGUGGAUGUAUUGUCGCAGUCUUCGGCUGCAGGAACAUGGUCUGAACCGGGCGUUUCGAGCGACCAGGAGAGGAUAUUGAGCGCCAGUUACGAUGGGCUCGUCAGGGUGUGGAAUACUUCAGGUGAUGUGCUAGCAACUUCGGAAGCUCCCAACAAUGGCGGACGAGUAACCAGUCUCCGGACAGCAAAGUGGCUUUCCGACAAGAAGUUUGUAGCUGCUGGUUUGGACAGUACGGUUCGCGUAUUCAAGUAUGACGAUGCAGCAAGAACGAUUUCCGCCAGCCUAGAGCUCUUCAAUCACCGGUGGGGUGUAGAAGAUGUGGCAGUUCAUUCACCUUCGAACAGAAUACUGUCUGCAUCCUCCGACACCACCAUCUCGCUCUUUUCAAGCAACGCCAAGGAGAAUCCAGUUGCACCGGCCAACUUACUACCGAACUCAACAGCAGCUUCCAACAAGCGCCAGAAAUUUUCGAAGCCAGAUCGUACGGUACCAGCUCGUGGCGCACUCACGACUAUGUCUGGGCAUACUUCGCCAGUUUCGAGCGUCAUCUUUAAGCCCGACGAUGCUACGGUCGCAUACUCAGCAUCGCACGAUCACACACUCAAGACAUGGGAUCUGCCAACCUCGACUUGUGUCGAUACACGCACAACGGCUCAGUCGCUCCUCUCCUUGUGUGCGAUACCAAGUCGGAAUCUACUCGCAACUGGUACCUCAGCACGCCACAUAACACUGAUCGAUCCCCGCGUAUCGGCAACAAAAAUUAGCGUCAUGACAUUACGAGGACACAAGAACGCAGUUGUAUCCUUGAGUACAGAUCCUUCCUCGGAAUACAACCUAGCAUCGGGAUCUCAUGAUGGUACAGUUCAGCUCUGGGAUCUUCGAAAUGUCAGCACUGGGGGCCAGGUUGGCGAGGGUAUGACGGGCGAGAGCGUUUACACCAUCAACAGACAGGGGCAAACGGGGCCGGCGAAGGGUCAUGGCGAAGGCUUGAAGGUCUUCAGUGUGCAAUGGAAUCACGAAGUGGGCAUUGUUUCUGCGGGUGAAGACAAGCGUAUACAGAUCAACCGCGCUCUGAGAUCAUAA